AUGUCAUCAACUACUACUCCUUCCAAGAAAGCCAUCCGUAAAGCCAAAGUGUCUUCCACCGCCAAACGUGCCGCUGAAGUGACAACCGCCUCCAAUGAUGGUACUAAUGUUCAAGUAAAAUCAAAAAAGACUUUUUGUCCCACUAAGGGCGAUGAUGAUAUUUAUUCAACUGAAAGCACUGAUGUAUCCGACGUCGAAGUCAGAGAAAGUUUCAAAGAAAUCAAAGACCAAUUCCAUUGA